AGCUGGGUGCAAUGGAUGGCCGAGUGCAGCUGAUUAAAGCCCUGUUGGCCCUGCCUCUCAGGCACCGGACGCGGCGGUGGAGGAACCCGAUUCCCUUCCCAGAGACCUUUGACGGCGAUACGGAUCGGCUCCCGGAGUUUAUCGUGCAGACGGGCGCCUACAUGUUGGUGGACGAGACCCUGUUCUCCAGCGAUGCCCUGAAGGUGACGUUCCUCAUCACCCGCCUCACGGGGCCAGCCCUGCAGUGGGUGAUCCCCUACAUCAGGAAGGAGAGCCCCCUGCUCAGUGAUUACCGGGGCUUCCUGGCCGAGAUGAAGCGGGUCUUUGGAUGGGUGGAGGACGAGGACUUCUAGGCCAGGAGACUCUCAGGCCUGGGGGCGGGCGCUUUUGGGGGAGGGUCCCCGCGCCAGAUUGCCACAGGCGUCCUGCCGCCUGGCCUCCCGGUCCCUUGCGUUCCAGUCUGGGUGAUCUCCCCCGCGCUCCUGUCCCCUCCCGCGUAGUGCUUGCCUUUGUUCCAGGAAUAGCGCUCCAGGUUCCUGCUGCUGCAGCUGGGCCUCGCUCUGGAGCGCGCUGUCACCCUCUCAGGCCAGCCCGGCCCCUCCCAUGCGCACUUGGACUCCGUCCUGGGCUCCAGCUGCGAGCUGGGCUCCCGUUACACGCUGGAUAGACCUCUCAUCCUGAUGGUUGCCACUGUCUCCCUGCCAGGCUAACAGGCCUGCAUCGAUGUGCCCAGGGAUUGGCGCUAUGGCUGCCAUCGCCACCCACCGCCUCCCACCGACAGACUGCAGCCUCCAGCGAUCUGGACUCACCCAGAAGGUAUCUAUCUGAUCUGGCCAUUGCCCCUGGACAAUGAUUCCAACAGCUCACCACCCCCUUGGAGGGGCCUGCCAGACUUUUACCUUCUUCUGGAACCAUUCCCUCCCUACUCCCAGAUCUCCUGCUCCUGCCAGAAAGCUGCCAGAUCCCAAGGGUGCCCGGCAGCCCAUUUGAGUCACUCAUUUUCUCCUGUGGACCUGUUAGUUGUGCCCAGCAUCCAGUUCUCUUCUGAAUUUUGCAGUAUUUCCUUAGUUAUGUCCUUGUUGGUCUACCAAAUAACUCUUAGAUUCUACCAAAUUCCUCAACACUAUCUGGACAUAAGUCUCUUCUUUGUUUUCAAUAAAUGUGAAACACUAUUGAAAAAGAAAUUGUCUCAAUAAAUAUGGCACUUUUUUCCUGUUCCUGUAAA